AUUUGUAAUCACUAACUUCAUGGUUUAUACAUUAUUUUCUUGAGCCUUUUGCCUUCUACCUGUUUCUGCCUUUAUCUAAAUCUAUAUAAUUAUUAUUUUAAAUAAAUAAAUCUAACAAUUAUUAUUAAUUAAUAAUUGAAUCAUCCAAUAACCUGACAUAAAUUUUAAAUUACGUAUAAUAGUUUAAUUAUUUAUUAUUAAAUUAAAUUUAUUGUAAAGAAAAAAAAAUGUCUUAUCAAUUGUACAGAAAUACGACAUUAGGAAAUACUCUUCAAGAAAGUUUAGAUGAAUUAAUACAGUUUGGACAAAUCACACCCCAACAUGCUCUAAAAGUUUUAUUACAAUUCGACAAAGCUAUCAAUCAAGCAUUGGCGACACGAGUCAAAUCACGAUUAACAUUCAAGGCUGGAAAAUUAAAUACUUAUAGAUUUUGUGAUAACGUUUGGACUUUUAUGUUGAAUGAUGUCGAGUUCAGAGAAGUACAAGAAGUGGCUACCGUUCGUAAAGUUAAAAUAGUCGCUUGUGAUGGAAAGGCAUUAGAUACGGCAGAUGCACUGGCAAGACGAUAACACGAAUUGUUUGUGACAAAAUGGGCAACUGGCGUUAAUUCAUUAAGAUUUAUAAGUAAUUUUUUUUUCUGUUGAUGAUGUUAUGACUAAUUAUAAAUUUCUUAUUAUUAAAUUUGUAUAAGGUUAAUACAUAUAUAAUAUUCAUAGCAAAAUUAAUGAAAAGCAUGAUCCUGAAGUUAACGAUUAAGAAUUUUAGAUUUUUUUUUAACGAUUAAUUACAAAAAAAAACUAAAAGUAUGCACAUGUAGAAAAUUUAAAAAACUGUAAAUGCAAUUUUUUAAAAUAUUUUUUUUUUUGUAAUUUGUCGUUUUUAAAAAAAUCUAAAAGUUAUUAGACGUUAGCUAAAUUAUGAGUGUAAAUGUAGCUGACAAUUAAAAAUUUUUCUAAUUUUGAAAUAAGUGAAUUAAAUGUAAAAGAGAAUAAAAUUAAAAAAAUGCGCAUUUAUAGAAUUUAAAAAUCAGUAUGUGCAUUUUUUUAUUUUUAUAUUUUUGAGUGUUUAAUUCAUUUAUUUGUAAUUGAAAAUUUUGCUCAUAUUACAUUCGCACUCAUGGCUAAAUUCAGUAUCAUAAAAACAGACUUAUCAUCAACCCAACAACUUAAUGCAGUACCCCAAUAUUUAUUAUUUCAAUUAUAAUUUAAUAUAAAACAAAAUGUAAUUAUAGGAUUUGCAGUAAUUUGUUAUUAAUUAUAAAGCCGUGAAAUAUUUCGUACCAUUACUCUUAAUUAUAAAGUACGUUUAUUAUAAUAAACAAUUAAUAUUAUUAUUAUAAUUAAAAAAUUUGUUAUUUGUUAACAUAAAUACUGCGGGAAUAAAUAAUAAAAAAUCAAAUAUAU